GGUGCGGUGCGUCAUGGUUUCUGAAUUUAUCUGACACUUUAAUUUCAAAUGUUGUGAAAUAGGCAUGUUGUACGAUUUUUAACAAAUUUCAAAGAAAAUUGUAAAGUUUUCCAUAUCAUGCGUAGUGCAAUUUGGUUUUAUAAAUCCUUUUAUCUAAAUUAGUGGUCUUGAGGCGACCAUUAAGGAAAAAUAAUUAAAUUGGUAGUAUUAUAAUAUAGAAAACAUGGCAGUGGUGCCAAAGCAAAAUUUUAGGAAGUAUUUUGGUGUCGAAGUGCCUGCUGUGGACUUCAUAUACGAAGAUGAACAGUGCGUUGUCUUCGAUGAGAUGAAGAAUCCACAGGCACCGGUACAUUUCUUGGUUGUGCCAAAGGACAUUAUUCCUAGGCUGAUGGACACAAACGAUGGAGACGAGAGAUUGCUCGGACACUUGCUGACAGUGGCAAAACGCGCGGCGAUACUCAAGGGCCUCGACAAAGGUUUUCGUGUGGUUAUGAAUGAAGGACCUCACUCGUGUCAGAGUGUAAACCAGUUCUAUGUGCAAGUGCUUGGUGGUAGACAGAUGUGGUGGCCUUUUUCUUGAAAUAUAUUUAAUUUUGAUGUAUUUAGUUUUUUACUAGCCUGCUACUUGUGACUUUAAAACGGAUUUCGGCCGUCCUCUCUGCGCUUAUAUAUAACUAUAAGCAUUAUUACUUAAACAAAACUAAAACAAGUAGUACACUACCCAGUUUCUAGGGUCCUGCGUGAAGAAGGGUGAGCUUAGUUUGGCCGCCGCUCUUAUUAACAUAUUAUAAGCAGCUUAUCAUAGGGACCCUAAUUACCUAACAUUUAUCACACCUCCCUAAGUCUAAGUUAAGGCUAGGGUUAGUCUAAUAAGCGUUUAUUGUUUAAGUGUGCUAGCAUUGGCGAGGCUUUCAUAUAUUUCGAUUCACACCGGCUUGCCUACAAUUUACCACAUAUUAUCAA